GGGCUUCCCUUCGCGUAGGGGCGAAGGGAGCUGCUGCGCCUCCCCCGCCCCGUUUAUAUCCCCGCCUCCGGGCUCUGUGCAAAUUGCAGCAGCCAGAGCGAGCGACGCGGGGCCGGGAGGGAGACCCCCAUCGCCGCCCGGGCUGGCUCCCCAGAGCUUGGCCUGGCCGAAACCGGGCUCUCCGUGGGGCUGAAGGCACGACUCCAGCUGCCGCCUUGGGAAGGAUGCCGCUCAGCCCCCCAGAGGCCGGCCCCGCGAAGAGGAGGAGGCAGCUGCCCUGUCACCAGGCCUUCCUGAGCUGGCGCCGGGAACUGAUGAAGGCGAUUGGGGGCCAGGAAGCAGGAGGCCCCGCCGCUGCCUUGGGAGGAGACCUCCUCGAGGGGUCCUGGAGGGCCCCUCCUAACUAACACCGCGCGGCAGGGGGGGGCGCAGCAGACGGCAGCCUCCUGCGCAGGGAGCCCCGGUGGGCGCUGCAGCUGACUCGUCUGGGGCAAGCACGGGGCGGGAGGUGGGGCCAGGCCUGGCCUGACUGCAGCCCCCUUGGCGGAAGGAGCAGCUGCACUGCGCGCGGGGGGGAGGGGGGGCUCACGGCUGGACUGCCUGCCUGCCCCCGAGCCGGGGAGGAAAGACCCCCAGCAGGCCCAAGAGGCCCUCCGAGAUCCUCCGCUGCAGCACGGCUACCCCUGGAGGGCUGCCUCGGCAUGGAGCGGCCUCCGGCGGCCCAGCCUGCAGAACCAGCGAGGGGGCAGGCCUCUGGGGCUGGCGGCAGCGGGGCUCCCUCCCCGCGCCACGGCCUGCCGCAGCCCCCUCCCGGCCUGCCCCCCGACGGCUCCCUCUCCAGCGCCUCCCCCUGCUCCUCGCUGGCUGGCUCUUCCCAGGAGUCCGACGAGGAGGGCUUCAGCGCCCCAGAGGAGAGGAGCCCGCUGGGCAAGCCCCGGCUGCGCAAGACCAAGUCCUGGAAGACCUUCUUCACGAUGGUGCACUGGUCUCUGCGGAGACGCAGCUCCUGGGUGCAGCUGGCUGGCCAUGAAGGGAACUUCAAGCCCAGCGAAGGGGGCCAGAUCCUGAAGAAGUUCAGCCCGGUAGAAGCUGCCUGCCUGGCCCGGCUGAUGGGCGACGCCCUGCGCCCCUUCGUGCCCGCCUACCACGGGGUGGUGACGCUGGGCGGGGGGGAGCGCUACCUCCAGAUGGACGACCUGCUGCGGGGCCUGGACAUGCCCAGCAUCAUGGACUGCAAGAUGGGCACCAGGACCUACUUGGAGGAGGAGCAGCAGCAGCCGCCGCCCGCCGCCCGGCAGGACUUGUACCAGAAGAUGGUGAAGGUGGACCCGCUGGCCCCCACGCCCGAGGAGCAGGGCCAGGGCGCCGUCACCAAGCCCCGCUACAUGCAGUGGCGGGAGAGCAUCAGCUCCAGCGCCUCCCUCGGCUUCCGCAUCGAGGGCAUCAGAUCGAGGGGGGGGACCGUCCAGAAGGACUUCAAGCAGACUCGGGCCAAGGAGCAGAUCGUGGAGACGCUGCUGACCUUCACCAAGAGCCGCCUGGAUGUGCUGAGCACCUACCUGGCCCGCCUGGAGAGCUUGCGCCAGGCCCUGCAGCAGUCCGCCUUCUUCCAGAGCCACGAGGUGAUUGGCAGCUCGCUGCUGUUCCUCCACGACCGGCAGGGACAGGCCAGCGUCUGGAUGAUCGACUUUGGCAAGACGCUGCCGGCUCCAGCCCCCCUCUCCCUGCACCACAACGUGGCCUGGGCACCCGGCAACCACGAGGACGGCUACCUGAUCGGCUUGCAGCACCUCACAGACACCGUGCAAACCACCCUCCGCCGGGCAGCACAGGGCCAGGCGGGAGCCCUGGGCCAGCCUCCACCGGGGGAGAGCUGAAGCCGGCGGGCGGCGGGCCUGGCCGGAGGAGCGAGAGACUGGGACUCUCCCGUGAACUGCCACGCCCAGCACUCUGCAGAGCGGGGCCCUGGGGCCCAAGGCGCCCGGCCAGCCACACGGUCCUCCACUCCGGGCCAUGCUCAGAGCAUGUGACGCGGGGGGGGGGGAGAAGAAGGGCAGAGUCCAAAGCAGCAGCAGCAGCAGCCCCGGCCCUGUGUACGAGGGCAGCCAGCAGGGAGGCUGCCCCUGCUUGACCCGGGGGCCUGAGCGGCUGCCGGCCUGGGCUGUUCUGCCACAUUCCAGCCGCCAGGUACAGAACCAGCAUGGAUGGUGGACGGGGUGGGGGGCCCUUUGCCAGCACUGGCUCUCCCUUGGAGAUGCUGCCAGCGAGGGGACUGGGAACCUCCCCAUGAUCCCCUAAGAGGGGGAAUCUCUUGCAGUGCUCACACUUCUAGUCUCCCAGUCAGAUACAACCAGAGCGGACCCUGCUUAGCUAAAGGGACAAGUCAGGCUGCCUUCCACAAGACCAGCUCUCCUCUCCUCUCAGCUGCCUUCUGCAGAGUCCAGUCACCGGUCCAGCUUGUCCCUACUCUGACAGGCAGCAGCAGCUCUGCCAGGGGCCGCAGUGGGCCCUCAGCCCAGACUGCACGUGCUCUGUGGGUGGAAGGCCCCCGGCCCCACCCAGCCCAUGGGGGACGCGGGGGGAGAGACCUGUGAGGGUGUCCCAGAACACGGCCCAGCAGACUGGAGGCUGCUCGAGGGGGCCAGAUCCCCAGCCGGAGAGUCAGCCGGGCAGGCGCAGAGCGCAGAGAGGUCGCAGCCCAGCCAGGCAGGAGCAGGAGCAGGUGCAGGAGGCGGCCUGUUCAGCAUGCCAUCCGGCACUCUCACGCCUGGGGAGCCAGGCCCCAAGAAGCCCCCUCUGAGCAGAGCAGGAGGGGAAGUCCCGGGGGCAGAGGAGCGGGCGGAAGCCCCACCCGCCGCUUUCCUGGCUGCAGAAAGAGAUCGCAUCGUUGCCAGAGAGAGUUGCGUCUUCUUUCUCCAGUACAAGGGAGGGGAGAAGA